UUAUAAUUCCAAGUCUUGGUUCUCGCAGUCUUAGCUUGCUUUUUGCUCAUAAUUUGAUAAUAAUAUUUAGAUAGGAAUAUUAUUAAAAAUACCUGAUGAAUGAUGCCUAAUAAUAUUCAUGACCACACUUGUCAUUGAUUUAAGCCUUUGAGAUACAACAAAGAGAUGAACUUGGCACGUCCAACAAAUUGAGAAGGCUCAGCUCACCUAGGAGUGGCUUCUAAGCAUUUUAGUGAGAGAUUUCUUAAAAUAGAACUCUCAAAGCCUCUUAACCCCUGUUAA